AUGAAAUGUCUACUGAACGUCGCGCCAGUUCGUGUCGCUACCUUCACGAUACACGCCAUUCUGAUGAGAUCUGAACUGGCAGGCUGUCACUGCACAUUACUGAUUAGCUACAUCUCUCCCACAGCAGGCCAAACAAUCUAUUCCACGGAGCCCUUCAACCUCACGUGGGUCUCUGGGAGAUACUUCGAAGAAGAAUCCCUUAACAUCACGGUCCUCCUCGUGCAUAGCCCAUUUACCAGUACCCUCAAUGGUAUAACGCUGGUUGAGGGCCUCGUCUCUCCCAACGCGGGUGUCAAGACGUAUUCCACUGAGCUGACACCGAGUUACUUCUAUGGGGACAACGAAACAGGAACGUUUGAUGUGGUGAUCCUUGAGACCUACUUGGCGUAUGCACAUUUUAACGACGCAACUGAUGUGUGGAUCCAAACAGUCAACAUUGUUUGA